CAUUAUAACAAAGUUGACCAGUAAUUGAAGCCAUUUGAAUCCAAGUCAAUCAAGUAUGGCUAACUGUGUUUGCAGUUUAUUGAUUAUGGUCCUUUAUGUCAUGCUGCUACCAUCAAUCAUUGUUACCAGCAUUGCACCUUCGUCUAAUUACACGUCCACAAAUGAGGAACAUCAGGCUUUGCUCCAGAGCGGUUGGUGGUAUGCUUACCAAAAUAUCUCAGACCAUUGUUAUUGGGAUGGUGUCUUUUGUAAUGAAGCUGGAAGUGUUACUCAGAUUUACCCGGAUUAUUUGAACAUUCCUCCAUUAGAAGAAUUGCGGCGGAUUCAGAAGUUGAACGUGAGUGCCUUCCCCAAUUUAGUCUAUCUAGAUCUAAAUGGAAUGGCUCUUACAGGAACCAUUCCUAAAGAAAUAAGCACACUUACAAAGCUUACCUAUCUUGUCCUGUCCAACAAUUGUCUUCAAGGUUCAAUUCCAGUAGAAAUAUGGAAUUUGACACAAUUGGUGGAACUAUAUCUCGAUAAUAAUUCACUGACGGGUUCAAUUCCUUCUACUUUGGGUCGAUUGAAGAAUUUAGUCUUUCUCAUCCUUGAUUCUAACCAUAUUCAAGGUGAGCUUAUGCCUAAAGCAUUUUCAAAUCUCACUCAACUUAAGCACCUUGAUGUUUCUAGGAAUUCUCUGAGCGGUGUCAUCCCAUCUACAUUGGGUGAAUUGAAGAAUUUGGAGCAUCUCUCCCUUUAUUCAAACAAAUUUGAAGGUCUCUUACCAAUGGAAGUAGGGAAUUUGACACAAUUAAAGGAAUUAUAUCUCUCAAACAAUUCACUCACAGGUUCAAUUCCCUCUACUUUGAGUCAACUAGAGAAUUUGACAUAUCUCUUCCUUGAUUCUAACCAUAUUGAAGGCCGGCUCAUGCCUAAAACACUUUCAAAUCUCACUGAACUUAAGCACCUUGAUGUUUCCUGGAAUUCUCUCAGGGGUGUCAUCCCAUCUACAUUGGGUGAAUUGAAGAAUUUGGUCAAACUCUACCUUCAAUCAAACCAAUUUGAAGGUCACUUACCAAUAGAAGUAGGGAAUUUAACACAAUUACAGGAACUAAUUCUCUCAAACAAUUCACUUACAGGUUCAAUUUCUUCUAGUUUGGGUCAAUUACAGAAUUUGACUAUGCUCCUCCUUGAUUCUAACCAUAUUGAAGGUAAGCUCAUGCCUAAAAUGUUUUCAAAUCUCACUCAACUUGAGCAACUUGAUGUUUCAGGGAACUCUCUUAGUGGUGUCAUCCCAUGUACAUUGGGUCAAUUGAAUAAUUUGGGGCAUCUCUCCCUUCAUUCAAACAAAUUUGAAGGUACCAUACCUUCUACAUUGGGUCAAUUGAAGAAUUUGGAGCAUCUCUCCCUUCAUUCAAACAAACUUGAAGGUACCAUACCUUCUACUUUGGGUCAAUUAGGGAAUCUGACAAAUCUCUCCCUUAGUUCUAACCAAAUUACUGGUCCCAUACCAGUAGAAUUUGGAAACCUCACAUCUUUAAAAAUAUUAUCUCUCUCAAACAAUUUACUCACUGGUUCAAUUCCUCCUACUAUGGGUCGAUUGAAGGUGAUGAUAAAUCUCUUCCUUGAUUCUAACCAAAUUACUGGCCCCAUCCCCAUAGAAUUAUGGAACUCGACAGGUUUAAUAUUAUUAAAUCUAUCACACAACUUUCUUUCGGGUUCAAUACCUUCAGAGAUUGCACAAGCCUAUUAUCUUUAUGAUGUUGACCUUUCCCACAACAAUUUUACAAUCCUAUCUCCAUUCCUAAAAUGUCCCUAUAUCCAGAAAGUGGAUUUAAGCUACAACUUGUUAAAUGGAAGCAUCCCUUCCCAAAUCAGUUGUAUUCAUAAUCUUAACCUUAGCCAUAAUUUUUUGAAAGGUGAAAUUCCUCAUAUUUCAUCAGAAGCAAAUUCCAUAUUAGAUAGCUUGGAUCUUAGCUAUAACAAUCUCACAGGUAAGCUACAUAGAGAAUUUGCUACUCUGUCAUAUAUAAACCUUUCGUACAAUUCAUUUGACUUCUCGCAAGACCUUGAGUCAGAGUUUCCAGACUAUUGUUAUUUUGGGGAAGACUCAUUAAUUAGUUACCACAUGCCAAAUUUCACAUCCUGCUACCUUACACAUAUCAAUUCUGUCCACCAAACCAAUCCUCGAACUAAAAAAGGCAAGCCUUUCAUGUUAAUUGUUCUUCCUAUCAUUUGCUUCAUUCUAGUGGUACUUCUGUCAGCAUUAUAUUUCAGAAGAUGUGUGUUUCAGACCAAAUUUGAAGGAAAAUCAACAAAGAAUGGAAACUUGUUUUCCAUAUGGAACUAUGAUGGUAAAAUUGCGUUUGAAGACAUCAUUGAAGCAACCGAGGACUUUCACAUCAAGUACUGCAUUGGGACUGGUGCUUAUGGUAGUGUCUAUAGAGCCCAAUUGCCGAGCGGUAAAAUUGUUGCAUUGAAGAAACUUCACCAAAUGGAAUCUCAAAAUCCAUCUUUUAACAAAAGUUUUCACAAUGAAGUCAAAAUGUUAACACAAAUCCGUCAUAGAAACAUUGUAAAGCUUCAUGGCUUUUGUCUCCACAAUCGUUGCAUGUUUCUUGUCUAUCAAUACAUGGAAAGAGGUAGCUUAUUUUAUGCCUUGAAUAAUGAUGAGGAAGUUCAGGAGUUGAAUUGGAGUAAGAGGGUGAAUAUCAUUAAAGGAAUGGCACAUGCUUUGUCCUACAUGCAUCAUUAUUGUACUCCACCAAUUGUUCAUCGGGAUGUAACAAGUAGCAAUGUUCUACUAAACUCACAAUUAGAGGCUUUUGUCUCAGACUUUGGCACAGCUAGACUCCUUGAUCCCGAUUCUUCAAAUCAAACUUUGGUAGCAGGCACAUAUGGCUACAUUGCCCCAGAACUUGCCUAUACAAUGAAUGUCACGGAAAAAUGUGAUGUUUACAGUUUUGGAGUGGUGACUUUGGAAACAUUAAUGGGAAGGCAUCCUGGAGAGCUAAUCUCAUCUUUAUCAAACUCAACUGCUCAAAACAUGUUGUUGAAGGACAUCUUAGAUGCACGUCUUCCUCUUCCUAACUUUGGAAAAGACACUCAUGAUAUAAUGCUUGCAGUAACAAUAGCAUUAGCAUGUUUGUGUCUCAAACCAAAGUUCAGGCCAUCAAUGCAACAAGUUGUUGGGCAGUUCUCUAAUUUCAAAUUGCCACUGUCUUUGCCUUUCCAUGAGAUUUUGAUCCAUCAGUUGAUGACUCCAGAUAUGUUGUCUUUCAUCCAAGUGUGAAGAAUGAAAUCUAUUUGGCAAGUUUUGCUUUUUAAGAAUAAGUAAGAAAUUUUUCAUGCUUAAACACAAGGCAAAUGUAUGUUAUCAUUUGAGACUUAAGAGGGUAAUAAAGGGAUCCAGAACAAUCAACGGCUAUAAAUUGUGUAUAUAAAUAGAAACAACCAAAAAGGUUUAACCAUAAUAAAAAGAAAUAUUGUUUACACAUUGCCUGAAUGCCUAGCUUGCCACCACGGCACUAUACUAAAAUAGGACAUCAUGAGCACCCUGUAGAAAAAAUAGGAAUACACGAGUCUAGGACAUCUUGAGCCAUCAUGUCUUGACUAUAUGAAAUGGAUAAAAGGCAAGUUAGCUCUUACAGAUGCAUUCCAAUCAUAGUUUCCAAUGUCACAACUCUGAAGCUAUAUUGUAGACACAAAAUUUAAAAUGCUUAAGAUUUUAUUAAUAAAAAAUUGUCAAAAUUAAAACCACAAGUGAGUCAAUACAAGUAGGACUAAAAUCUAAAAUGUGUUGACAAGCAAAAGAUCUAGAUGUUCUAACCAAGCAGUGAGCAACUUGAUUGACUUGCCUACUGACAAACUGUACACAACAGCUUUGGAAAUUAGAUAGUUUUGCAGGACAACUUCUCAAAAUAUCGCCAACUUCAGUAUUCUGAAACCUCCUCGAAUUGAUGCUAUCAGCUACUGGUUUGCAAUCAAUCUCGAAAAUAAUGUUAUCAAAUUGCAUGUCUGAAGUCCAGUUUAUUUCAGAAAGAAGAGUUAUUGCCUCUGCUUCAUGUGAUGAUGGUAAUCCAUGAAACCAAGCUGAUACAGGAAGCUACACCAAACAGACGUGUUUCAUGGAAAAUGGCAGUGUCCACAUUAUACUUCAUAUGGUCAAUUGGUGGCUUGGUCCAGAUUGAAUAAUUUCGAAAACUUUGAUUUGAUGAAGUUAAAUUUCGCCAGUGAGCAAUCUUCCAAUCAUGAACAUGCUGAAUAGCAAACUGCAGGCAGAUAUUAAUAGGCUUUUCAACUCCAUUCCAUAGCUUCUCAUUCCGACGAUGCCACGGACACCAUAAAACAGCAACAAUUUUCUUGAUUUGAUUACAAGUGAAGGUUUCCAAAAUGUAGAAAAUAAACUUGAUUUUGAUUUAUAAUGACGAAACAUUGCAAUUUUGCUGUGAAAACACAUUUAUCAAAAUAAAUGCGUGUCUGAGGAAUAUGCAAUAAGUGAUCCUUCAUUUGAGGAAAGAAUAAUGCCGAAACUCAGCCUAAUUUACAGCAGAAUCUACAAUAAAGUAAAUCUCCUAAUCAGUCAUCAUGUUAAGCAAGCUAGCUAGCUUCUCAUCAAUCCUC